CAGCUGCACUUUGACAAUUCUAAAGUGCUGUGCACCACGAUCCGCGACGUCUGCUCUAACUUUACCAGCCCCUAGGAGGAGUCAGUCAGUCAGUCUGACAGCCAGCCCAACAUCUCUCCACCGCCCAACCUCUUUCCCGCCGAGGCACAUGGCAUCUCGCAUUUAAGAUCUCUCCAGAUCCCUCUCCUCCCCCCCAAAUCCCCCUCGAGGACAAGGCCAUCAUAUCGAAACUCACGGCCAGGCAAAUGCAGUCGAGUCGAAAACCAUGGACCAAGACACGAGACCACUAGCCUCGCUUUCCCUGACACACGUCUACUAUGACCCCGACGACUCCCUCUCCUUCCUCUGCGCAUGGCUCGCGCUCCUCCCGCAAGCCCUCUGCAUCGUCUACGCGACCCUGAUCUGGUCCACCCGCGAGGUCGAAAUCGCCCUCAUGUUCACCGGCCAGCUGGGCUGCGAGGCCAUCAACUUCGCCCUCAAGCGCCUGAUCAAGGAGGAGCGCCCCCGCCGCAUCCACGGAAAGGGCUACGGCAUGCCCAGCUCCCACGCCCAGUUCGUCGCCUACUGGUCCGUCUUCCUCGUCCUGUUCUUGCUGGUCAGGCACCGUCCCUCGUCCGCGCGCCGGCACCACCGGCCGUACUCGCUCGUCGAGCGCGUCGUGGUCAGUGCCGCUGCGCUGGGCAUCGCUGCGGCCGUGGCGUGGAGCCGGAUAUACCUGAAUUACCACACCGAGAAGCAGGUGAUGGUGGGGUGCUUGGCCGGGACGGUGUGUGCCAUCGGCUGGUUUUUGGUCACGGCCAUUGCGAGGGAUUUUGGGCUUCUGGCCUGGGGCUUGCAGACGCCCGUUGCGCGGUUGUUCAGGUUUCGGGAUCUUGUCGUGGAAGAAGACCCGUGCCAGGCUGGCUGGGAUAAGUGGGAGGAGAGGCGUGUGGAGGCAGACCAGCAGAAGACUAAAUGAAAUAAGCAGAGCUACGUAGGAUUCUUGCGUUAUGGAACCCGCAGGACCUUUUGCACCGAGAUCAAGCAGAUGAAUUACCACUAGCUCCGC